AUGGCAAGUGAGGAAAAGGAGCACCUGAGGCUUUGGUGUGUUGUGGCAGCCUGCAGGCCACAAGAUGAUGUUUGUACAAGCCGAAGGAUGAGCAAAGAGCACAGGUACACGUUCAAGAUGGAGCCGUUCGAGUAUGUCCACAAUGUUCAGUUGCUAAAGAAGCAGCGGUACCAAUUCAUGUAUGCCUGCGACCUUGGGCAAUCCAUGUACGAUGCCUCCAUUUUUGCCCUGUCCCUUUGCUACAACAUGGAAUGCCAGCCACGAUCUUCAGAUGAAUUGACGAGGAACUUAACAACUGACAUUGGGUUGUUGUCCUUCGGUCAUUUGCGCUCCCCGAAGGUUCUUGGAAAUCUCAUGAACCCACUUCAGAACACCAAACUAGCACAGAAGCAGACUAGAAAGGAGGUCCUCUAUGACAGUGAAUGGCUGGAGGCGAUAGGACAGGCCCAGCCACUAGCGGAUUACCUGCAUUUUCUUGCUGAUGACGAGAUCUUCAUGAACGAGUCAGAUGAGGAAGACGAUGAGGAAAAAGAUGAGGAAAAAGAUGAGGAAGAAGAUGAGGAAGAAGAGGAGGAAAAGGAGUCUGAAGGUCUCCACGAAGACUCUAUGCAGCAUAAUUACAAUGAAUAUGAAUCUGCCCUAGACAAGUCUGUAGAGAUCAUCACGAGCUUCAACAACUGUGAUUCUCACUUUAAACCACUCGAACAUCAAAUUCCUCUUCUCAGUUGUCGCACACUGUGUGAAGUCAUGAAAGUCUUGGCAGACCAUCAAGCUCCAUCCUCAAGUGCUCGAGGCUAUGUUCACCCAACCAACUGGAAGCCCGAAGGUUGCGACGCUCAACAUCUCAUUGAUGACCCGCGGUGUAAGCUGAAUCUGCCAGAAGAGGUGAUCCGCAUCGUUGGCAAUGCGGUCAGGAGGUUGAAGGAUCCAAACGCGUUUCGGAGUGGCCGAUGGUGCUGGACUGACUCCAAGUGCGCGGUGUUCGGGCAGAAGGCAGCCAAGAUGAACCCUCUUCGCUGGAGUAAAAGAAUGACUUUGACCGACAUGGCAGAAGAUCUCCGGACAUGUUGGCAGAAAGACUUGAGGGGUGUGACGAUCCUCUUCAACAAGAACAUUGUAAAGAGCUAUGCAGACCAAUAUAAUGCAAUUGAAGAGUUGCACGAAGAGUUGCGUGACCUGAAGAGAAAGGAUGAACCAUUUCCUUCCGACACCUUCUUGAGGAUGCUGCAAGAAUUGGGAUCCUACUUUACAGUCAAGAAGUAUGAAGCCAAAGUGCCGGUAUGUAAGGAAAAAGAUGCCCAACACUGCGUGAACGGCCUGAACACCUACUAUUUUGUUUGUGAGCGAGCGUUGGGCGACAUUGAGGAGGCUGGUGCUGAUCUCCAGAAAAAGCUAAAGGAUCGGUGUGAGGAAUUGUGUCUCCGCAGGAGUGAAUUGAAGGUGAUUCGCAAGCAGAUGCGUUUGUAUGUGAGUGAAGGCAGCUUCUGGGCGAUUGUGGUUUCUCCGGUGAAGUUGAAUGAGGAUGGAUUGAAGUUGGUCCUUGAAGAGUUCGUCGACCAAAGGAGGUCCUCCUCUUUGGGGUGGGCAUGCGCUGAAGCUCCAUGGCAGGUGCCAGAUUUUGCAGCGCCAGGAUUUCAGAACGUGGUGAACCUGGUGGAAGGUCUACGUGCAGAAAUCCAUGUUCCAAGCUUGGUGCUGCUGAGAGGCUCCUUCUUCAAGGACCUUGCAAGGCAGCUCAUCCAGAGAAAUGGCGAAGAGGCUGCACAAUGGCAGGUGCGUGUAGUCAACAACUACAGAGAUGUGGAAGACCAUGACUGGUUGAACCCUCACUGCAACGUUGAUCUGCACUUUGUGCAGAGCCUCCCCUGGCCGACAUUGUAUUGGGAGAAGCCCGAGCUAUUGGAGCGAUUGAAGACCUUUGCAGAUCGCAGGCCUCAGAGCCAAGUUCUGCAUGCAGUUGCCUUCCUGAUUCAUGCCAUCCAGAAAGAUCCGGAGUGGUUGGGCAUGAGCCUGGACACCAUGAUGCAGGUCCUGAGCGAUACCGCUGCCGAGCCCAGUGAGGUCUUGAGGAAGGUGGUCAAGGCCUGUUGUGGAGUUGCAGCACAGACACGUGCAGAGAUCGAUGAAGAAGGCCGGUCGGCGCUGCACCGCGCUGCCCUCAACGGAGAAAUCGAUGAGGUGGAGCACCUGCUGAGAGCAGGUCUUGACAUCGAGGCCAAAGACAACGGUCAGAGAACACCGCUUUUUCUCGCCACGCGGAAGGGCCACCUCGCCGUGGUGGACCGGCUCGUGGCCGCCCGCGCGGCCGUCGAGGCGAGGGAUGACCGCGGCGUGACGCCCCUCAACAUUGCGGCUGAAAAGGGCCAUUGGGAGGUGGCGCAGCGGCUCAUCGAGGCCAGGGCCGACCUCGAGGCCAAGGACGAUGCUGGGAGCAGUGAAGUUGGUGCAGAUUCCCUGCUUGUUGAGCACCGCAAGUUGCUGCUGGACAGAUCCUUUAAGGAGCUGAGCGAGAAGUGCCUUUUAAUCUGUUGGAACCUGAAAUGCAAGGAGAGGAAGAAGUUCGAGGGAGUAUCUGACAAUGCCCGCAUCCCCUGUCGCAUUCGGGUUUUUGAGAACGAUCGCGACAUCACGGAGAUUUCAGAUGAGAGGAUUCGAAUCCCAGAGGACAUUUUCUCUCCAGAUCAGUUUGGCCAACCGAACACGCCAUGGAAGCAGAGGACUCCACGACAAUUGUUCGCAUACAACCAACAAGUCAUCCAGAAGAAGCUGGAGAUUGAUGUUUUGAGGAUCCGAUGCAUUUGCAUCGCCUGUUGCAGAGUAGUGCGUGAAUGUGAUGCCUUGGAUACCAAGGAGAAGCUGCACUUGGACAUCUGGGAGUGCAUCGCGAAUGAUCUUUCCGUGCCACUGCUUUAUACUCCUCAUGGUCCCAAUCUGGAUCUCCCAGAUGAUGCCAGGACAGUGUGCGCACUAGCCCACGGACCAGGCAUGAACCAUUUUGCGUCAGAGGUGCUGCCCAGAUGCAUAGAAACCAUCAGAGAUUCUUUGCAAUUUGGAGCAUUGCAGCAACUCCUUGAAGAGGGAGAAGCUGCCGGGAGGUUGUUUAACGGCAAAUUCAGGACCAACAUCCGUAUUGGUCUUGGCCUUAAGGAAUUGGGACAUUUGACGGCUGUUCUGCAGCUAUGGCCUCAGGGCUAUCGAUCGCCGAAGCUUCAUUAUGGAGGGUGUGCAGGCAGCGUCCGAGUGCUUUUUGGUGAAAUUCAUUGCCACUUUUACAAGACACUUCUUGAUGAGAGCCCAAUGGAGUUCCAGGAUGGCGAUUGUGGGCUCCAGCUCCCUCCAGGAAGGGAAAUCGGCGAGAUAGUUGGGCCCAAGGACUUUGCGGAGAUCGUGCUGAAGCCUCAGGUUUAUGUCUAUGUGGGACUGCUGAGUGGGCAAAGCGUUGCUUGCGUGUGGGAACGAGGCCGCACAAUCAAAGAUUUGCAGAAGGAAGCCGAGCAGAGGCUUGACGCCAAGAUCCAGAAGCUCAUCACACGCUCGGGCGAGACUCUGCCAGAGACUUCAACACUCCUGGAAGCCGGUGUUGGCCACCAGCACUUCUUGACAGCGAUUGCCUCAAGCCUGGGAGCAAGGUGGCAUGUCGUGUUGAUCGCCAACAACAGCACAGCCCUGAAGCAGGCGGUUCAGGAUGCAGAGCUGGUAGGGCGGGCUUUGCUGCGCUGCGGCUUCUGCAAAAGAGAACAGGAUUUGCUCACGGUCUUCAACAAAACAGGUGAUGAGAUAAAGGAAACUCUGGAGCAACUGAUUUGUCACCUACCUCAAGACGCUCAACUCUUCGUUUGGUUCUCUGGCAAAUCCGGUGGUAUGCUGCAAGAGAGUUUUCAGGAGACCCUUCUCGUGCCGGAAAGCCAAAUUGACUGGAAAAAUAAUACCGCAAUUGAAACGAUCCGUGGCCUGUGGCUGGAAGAUACCUUGUUUGGCAUGAUUGCACGUAAGGAGGGCCUGAAGCUUUGGUGUGUUGUCGCAGCAUGCCGGCUGCUGGUUGAAGAUCUGAGGGCACAUUUGAGGGGAAGAGAUCCUAGGUGCACCUUGCGGCUGGAAGAGAUGCCACAUGCUCACAAUAUUCGCUUGCUAAAGAAGCAACAGUACCAAUUCUUGUAUGCUUGUGACCUCGGGAAGGACAUGUACGAUUCAUGCAUUUUUGCCAAGUCCUUUUGCUACCAAAUGGAAUGCCAGCCUGGAUAUCUAGCUGACUUCAACAGCAAUUUGGCAAUGGACCUUGAGGUCAUGUCCUUUGGGGAUCUUCGAGAACCCAGGAGCGUUGGGAAUCUUCGCAAUCCUCUUGAGGAUAACCGGCUCACACUACAGGCUGGCAGGAACAUUCUCUGUGACAGGAAGUGGCUUGACACAAUGAGACAGGAGAAACUGCUGGCAUAUCACUUGUGCUCCCUCGCGGAUUAUGAAACCUUCGAGGACACUCCGAGUGAGGAAGAGUAUGCCAAAGACCUGGAGAGUCUGAGAGAUUCUUAUGAUCAGUAUGAGUCCGUGAGAGAAACAGCUAUGAACAUUAUCCAGGGCUUUUACCAGUGUGCUCGUCACUUUGACGACUUUCGACAUCAAAUUUGGCUUCUAAGCUGUGAGAGCCUACACGAAGUCAAAGAAGUCCUGGCAAAACACCAGGCUGCGUUCGCAGUUGGCAGAGGCUGUCCUCGACCUCCAACGGACUGGAAUCCUGGAGAUCCUUCUGACGCUGAGCUUUUGAUCAAUGACCAUCAUGGUAUGCUGAAUCUGCCAGAGACGGUGAUUCGUGUUAUUGGCAUGGGGGUCAGGAGAUUGAAGAAUGAGGACAAGCGCGAGGCAUUUCCUGCCGAGUCUGUCUUGACGAUGUUGCAAGAGCUGGGAUUCUACUUCACAGCAACGAUGUAUGAGCACAAAUUGUCAGCUUGCAAAGAAGAUAAAGUCAGAAAGCGCCUGUACGACUUGCAAAUGAACUACCUCGUUGGUGAAGGAAUGCUGGGUGUCACCUCGCCGAAGGUCGCAGAGAGGGUGCUGAUGGACCGGUGCGAGAAAUUAUGUCUGAGCAAGGACGAGAUGGAGGUGAUUCAGCAAGAGAUGCGCUUCAGGGAAACAGGUGGUGGGCAACACAACGAACCUGGGGAAUUUGCUGUUCUCAUGGAUCAAAACUGA